AUGCUCGAAGAUCACUUGGCUGAAGCAUUGCAUUUAUUGAAAAAAUAACCACAACAUCGAUGCAAAAUGGAAAUUGAUCUAUUAGUUCAUCUUACUUAAGAACUUCCCUUUUUUAAAUAAUACUACAAACAAGAAAAUGGGUUAUUAAUUCAUCGGGAAUGUUGUAAGCACAUGUUUGUUGAACGGUUCUUAGCAACUGAUAUUGUAUUUCAUGUUGAUUCGAUUGGUACUAAAUUUUAUGUGAUUCUGGAUGGUCAAGUGGAGGUUUUGAUAAAGAGAAGAGGUUAUGAUGAAUUGGAAUCUGUAAGAAUUAUGAGACAAGGAGAAUCUUUUGGAGAGUUGGCUCUCAUUCAUCGACAACCUAGAUUAGCAACUAUACGUUGUGUGACUGAUUCUUGCUUUGCUGUUUUAGAUAAACAACAGUUUUAAUCAAUUUUACAUUAUGAGCAAACAAAAAAGAUAGAAUAAAAUGUUGAUUAUUUUUCUUAGAUUUCAAUAUUUAACCAACUUAAUAGAGCUCAGUUAACCUAAAUCUACUUGAAUUCAUUUCUCUAUGAAUAUGAAAAGAACUAAACUGUAUUACAAGAAGGAGACAAAUCCGACAGUUUUCUCAUUGUCAAGACCGGUCUAUUUUAAGUGCGUAAAUUCAUGAACAAAUCACAUCCUCUAAUCUUGUUUGAAAUUGGAGAAUUAUAAGUAUUUGGAUUUUACCAUCUCUUUAAUAAGAUCCCAUACGAAUACUCAAUUAUUUGUCUCAGUCCUAAAGGGCAAAUUUACAAAAUACACAGAACUUCUUUGAUUGAGAAGAUAUUUGAAGGACACACCUAAGAUUUAGAUAAACAUAUGUAAGAAAUUAAUUCUUAUGUCCAUUUUAAAGUUCAUUAAGAAUAGAAUACUCAUCUUAAAUACCCCAGAUAUUUUCAAAUUAAAACAUCAUGUGAAUAGGACAAAGAAAUCUCAGAGGAAUAUGUAAAAACCAUUAGAAAUAAAGAAUCUAAAAAUGAUAACCGUAAAAGUAGAAAUCAAUUAAUCAAGCAAAAAAUGGAUACAAUGAUUGAACAAUCUAAGAGAAAAUUUGGACAGAAAUCUAGCAUCCCAAGAUUUAAUAGUUUAUUCGAAAUAUUCCUCAAAUCUCACAAAGGAUUAACAACUGAAAAUCAAAGACAAAACAGUCCACCCUUAUUUGAAACCCCAACUAGACAAAUCGGAACUAUUAGUCAUUUAAUUCAUCAUGAUGAAUAGAAUAGUCCCUUCAUCACUUUCAGAAGUAGCAGUCCUGUAAUGAUGAACAAAGGAAAUCAGUUCCCAAUUCUUAAAUUAUCUAACAGUUAGAGAACCAUAGUGAAAUCGAGUCAUCAUUAUAAUUCCAAGUUCAACUUCCAGGAGUAUUGCAAUUUAAAGUAAAUGUAAACAUAGAAAAAUUGUAUAUCAUUAAGUCCCGACAUAAUGAAACUGAAAGUACAUAAAUAUUGA